AUGUAUGAUUAUGCUGGCCAAAUCGCCACUUUACAUUUUCAUGCACACAUGGUCAUUAUACCUUACUUAUUGUGUUGGCGGGAAGCAGAUUUGUCUUCUAUCAUUGAGCCUCGCCUACAAGAUUUUAGUGAUGCUAAAUCUCUUAUUCUUGAUGUUUGUAGUAGAGAAGAUAGGAAGGAUACAGAGCAUUUUGCUAUGAUGGAUUGGUUCGCAGCCCAGGAUAAUCAUGAAAAGAAUGCUAGUAAUCAAAUUUCCGUAGUGUGGUCUCCUCCAGCUGAAGGAUGGGUAAAGUGUAAUGCUGAUGCUGGCUUCAAUAGGACUUACCGUUCUACUAACAGAGGUUGUAUGUCCUCUAUAGAAGCUGAGACUUUAGCUUUAAAAGAAGUUAUUCAACAUGUUGUUACCAUGAAUUUGGAUCUUGUGAUAUUCGAAAGCGACUCUCAAGUGGUAAUUCAAGGCAUUCAUUCUACAGCUACUGGUUCGUCUGAGUUUAAUUUUAUUCUUCUUUCUAUAAAAUGUUUAUUGGAUUUUAUUCCAAACUUUGAGGUAAAGUUUAUUAAACGCCAACCGAUUAUGGUUACCGACUCGUUAGUUAAGGCGGCCAAUUCUUUGUCUAGGCGUAGUAUCGUUAAUGUUAUUCCUCCUUGUAUUGACUUUCAUUUGAUAAAUAAUAUGAGUUAA